UUUCAGAUUUUUCAUAUUUCUCUUACUGCUAAACCGUAACAGGUUUUCCGAAAAUAUGUUGCGAAAUUUUCUUCUUUUUCUUAUUGUUUGUGGCGCUGCACUUGGCCACGUUCGGCUUCGUCAUCCAGCCGGCCGAAGUAGCAUUUGGCGUGAUCCACAAUUCGCUCACUUGAAUCCAUUGGUCAACGAACGAGACGAUUCGUAUUACUGCGGUGGAGUAAGAUAUCUACAACCCGACCCGGUAGACAACUGUGGUGUCUGUGGCGAUAUUGCUUCGGAGGAAAUUCCCCGAUCAAAUGAAAAUGGCGGAACGUAUGGCAGAGGAAUUAUAACAGGAGUAUACAGGCCUGGUCAGGAAAUCGAAAUUGAAACAGAGUUUACAAUUCCUCAUUGGGGCUACUUUGAAAUGCAAUUAUGCAACGAUGCAUCAAGAGAAACGGAGGAAUGUUUCCAAAAAUUGCGAUUCGGUAAUGGAGAUACGCAUGCACACAUUUUGUUUGGAACGCCACAGUGGAUUAACACAACCAUCAUCCUUCCGACUGACGUAACGUGCAAGCAGUGUGUUUUGAGAUUGCAUUACCGCGGUGGCUAUCAGGGAGACUGUGACGAUGGAACGCAAGGGCCGGGAUGCGGACUUCAGCAGACAUUCAGAGCUUGUGCCGACAUCACGAUCACCCCUAAUUAAAGAAAUUGUAAA